AGAGCUUCGUUCUGUUUUAAGUCUAAACACAAUUCAGUAAAUUCACGAAAAUGGCCGAACCAAAUAAACCAGAGCCAGACGAGAAAAUCCCCGUUAAAAGGUGCAUGAAAAAUUGCUGCCUUUACCAUUGGAGGGGAAAAGUAACAGUUCUUGUUCCACUAAUACUUUUACCAUUGCUGGUCCACGGCUGUCUUACACAAUCGCCGGAAAUUAUUUGCUUGUAUUUGUUGGUCAAUAUGGCCAUCUUUUGGAUAACCGAGGCCAUUCCUCUAUACUUGACAUCGCUAAUGCCAAUCAUGUAUUUGCCAUUUGCUAACUAUUUGAGCUCCGAUGAUGUGACCAAGCACUACUUCUCCGGGACUGUGGUGAUGUUCUAUGGCGGCCUAGUCGUUGCAUUGGCCAUCGAAUACUGCAAUCUUCAUCAACGGAUUGCCCUGCGAACGAUCAUCAUUGUGGGCUGCAGUCCCAGGCGUUUGCUCGCCGGCAUGAUGAUGGUUAGUUCUUUUAUGAGCUUAUGGAUAUCGAAUUCGGCGGGAACGGCCAUGAUGUGCCCCAUUGUAAAGGCAGUGCUUAAUGAAAUGGAUUCUGAGAAAAUCUUUGAUGUAUACAUGACCCAAGAGGAGGAACACAUGGAGGAGGGCGAGCCCCCGCACCUGUCAAAGGUGGCCAUGUCCUUCUACUUUGGCGUUGCCUAUUCGGCCACUGUGGGCGGGUGUGGCACCCUGAUUGGCACCGGCACAAAUCUGGUCUUUAAGGGUAUAUAUGAAACAACCUUUCCCUCAUCCAAGGAGGAGGUCAGUUUCCCGCUUUUCAUGGCCUAUUCGAUUCCGCUUGUUGUGAUCGCUCUCAUGAUUACCAUGUACUUAAGCCUCCUGCUCACCCACAUGGCUCUCUUUCGAUCAGGGAGCAAGUCGGGCCAGGCUCUGAAACAGGCCACCAGGAAUAAGGACCAAGUGGAGACCGUCCUGCGCGGCCGCCUCGAGGCUCUGGGUCCCAUGAGCUGUCAUGAAAUUCAGGUGGUUAUCAUAUUCACAUUGAUGAUUGUAUUGCUCUUCACCCGCAAGCCGGGCGUCUUUACGGGCUGGAGUUCCCUUCUUAGUGCCAUGCCUGUUGGAACAUCCUCAACGGUUUGUAUUUGUGUGAUUUUACUGUUCGCAUUGCCCACUCAGUACACAUUCUUCAAAUAUUGCUGUGGCAAGGCUCCUUUCCCCGGUCAAACCAUCGAUUCUCUAUUGUCGUGGGAAUUCUUGCAUCGUACACUGCCGUGGGGACUCUGCUUUCUCUUGGGUGGUGGCUUUGCUUUGGCCGAGGCCUGUAAAGUGAGCGGAGUGACCAAAUAUAUUGCCAAGGCCAUGUCGGGUAUCCAGGUAUUGCCGAGUCGACUGGUGCUGCUGUUGAUACUGAUGUUCACCUUGUUCUGCUCCGCCUUCACUUCGAACGUGGUGGUGGCCAACAUUGUCUUACCAAUUUACUGUGAAUUGGCGUUUCACCUGGAAGAACAUCCUCUGCUGGUCACUCUGCCCCCAACCCUGAUCACAAGUUUGGUAUUUCUGUUGCCAGUGAGCACUCCACCAAAUGCCAUCAUUUGUGGCUACGGUAACAUCAAGACCAAAUAUUUGAUAAAAGCUGGCUUAUUGCCCACAUUCUGGGGACUCUUUUGGGUCUAUCUGAAUAGCGUCACUUGGGGAAUGGUUGUCUUUCCCGAAAUGUCUUCCUUCCCAGACUGGGCCAAGGAAUACAAAAACAAGACCAAAGCUGGUAUUCUGUUAGAUAACAUUCCGGUCUUUAAUUAAAUCCUUUAGAUCGUACUCUCUAAAUUAUUACGUUGAUCAAAUAAAAUUCUAUAGAAUCAGGAUUUUUUAGAGGAGAUGCUAUUUUGCACCUUACUCUUGAAAUAAAAGUAUAAAUAAUAAAACAGAAGCAACCGCUUAAGGCACUUAU